AAAGUAAAAGGAAUUAAAACUUGGAGGCCAAGCCUGCUCUUGCCUAUUUUAACUUCUCUUAAUGAAACUCAAAACCCAAGGGCCCAUUUUUGCGCACGAAAAAUGGGUGCGAAGUCAAAGAAAGGAAAGCAAUCCCAACUCGACAAAAAACCCACAAAAAUUCCAAGCUUCUGCCCAGAUCUUCCCACCCACGUUCAAAGCUUACUUGCCAAAAACGCAACACUUAGGCAAAACAUUAGCCAAAACAUCAGCUGUGGGGGUAAUGUCACCAAGUCGUAUAGACUACUACCAAGGCAAUGCAACCCCAUUGGAAAAUCACCAUUUCCUCAGCUAUCCGUCAAUGACAACGGGCAUACUGACCGAUGUCGCAACGAGUCCCCAGGCUUUCUUUACACUCUCAGCAUCACUUGUUGUCUCGGGGACGAAAAAGUUAUCAGAGAAUUGCCGCCAAGUUGGGUUGGACGUUUUGGGCCCGGGGUUUAUAACUAUAUUCAUCAAUAUAUUCAGGAUUCAAAUUAUAGACCUUCGGGAAUGCUUCCACUUUUGGUUAUGAGCGUUCCUUUCAAACAUUUCACCCUAUCUUCGCCACGUGCAGAUCGCAAUAGUACUUGCACUAUGAUGGUUCUAACAGGCUUUCAAAAACCGGCUGUCGUAUUUUGUGACCCAAGCGGAGGUAACUAUGCAUGGUUAAAGCAUGACAGCACCCUUGUGGAUCCUCACUCUUCAAACCAGCAACUCAUGAAAUUCACCAAUGCCAUUGGAUUCAAAGGAAAGUUCUAUGCAUUGAGUUUGCAAGGAACUCUUGCAGUUAUAGAAAAAAUUGAUUCUCAUUUCAGGAUCACAAGUUUAGGCACAAACAGGGCUGUUCCCAGUGUUCAUUCAAUGCAUUUCAAGGAAUAUUUGAUUGAAUCCAAUGGGGAAAUCUUGUUGGUUUUCUUAGUCUCUAGGAAAUCUAUUCACAGAGUGGAAAAUGUGGAGGUGUAUCGUCUUCGGUUCGAUAAACUCUCAUGGGUGAAGAUGGAGAGCAUUGGGGAUAGAACAUUGUUUGUGGGGACUAAUUGGUGCAUCUCAGUUGACGCAAGCGAAAUAGGAUGCAGGCUAGAUUGCAUAUAUUUUAGCUAUGAAACAGAUGAUGAGUGGUGGGUAUAUGAUAUGGAGAGAGGAAGCAUCUCACCUGGUUGGAAAAACUGCGAUUCUACUACAAAUUAAAUCCUCCAAUAUUGUGGGAUAAGCCAAUAGCAGAAUUUGCCGAGCAAAAAGAGAAAUGUGAUUCAAGAGGUUCUUGACUUGGGAAUUUGAAGUUUUUUAUAUGUUCCUUUUACUUUAUAUAAAUUGGAUAAUCCAUUCCAAAAAUAAGAAGUUUUUGCAUGGAUUUUUAUC